AUGGGAAAUAUAGACAGUCUGUUUGAUGAUAUUCCAGAAAUAGAAAGCGAAAUCUAUAACCCCAAAAAUUCGUUUACCGCUGAAUCUCAUCGGCCAAUGACAUCUGGAAUGUGGGAGAUAUUUGGCCAUGGUCUAGUCCGAAAAUCUAUUUAUUUUGAUGUCCAGUUUACUCCAAAAUAUGGGCAAUAUUGAAAAAAUGGUAAAUUGCAGUAAUUUUUCCAAGAAAAAAAUCACUUUUAUAGGAAAACAUGCUAUAAUUAACUCAGCCGUGUUUUAUUAAUUAGCAGCCAUAAUAUGCAACAUUAAGUGAACCUCCUCUAUCAAAAUCCUUACAAUUUGACUGUCCAAGCUGCAAUAAAAAAUGCUUUGACGGAGGACUAUGCAAAAGAGUGUAUUGUGACUGCGGAGUUUGUUAUAAACGGAAUGAAGAUGAUGUUUUACAAAUAAUCAAAGAUCAGCCAUUAUCAAGAACCGAAUUCAAAAACAAUUUUAUUGAGAUUAAUAGUAAACCAACAGGAAAAUUUAUUCCUGAGCUAAUUAGUAUCACAUUGGGGAUGUUUAGAGAAGGAAUUCCUUUGGAAUUUAUGAUAGGAGGAAGAUCAAAUUUUCCGACAAUUUUUAAUUAUAUCAAUUUAAAAGAAUUAAAAUAAUAAUUUGCUGGCUGCCAUUAUUCUAUAUCAUAUAUAGAAAAUUAGCAUUAGUAAUUCUUCCAUUCAUUGUAAAUAGAUAUAUUAUUUAGCACCGUACUUUAAGGCGAGGUUAAGAUGUUUAGGGAUUGGGGAUUAUUUUGCGUAUGGGGAUGCAAAAUUUAAGGUUUUGGGGUGUUUUCCAAGUUUUGGAGUUGUGACUGAAGAAACUGUGAUUAGAUGCUCAGAUGUCUUAGUGAUGCAUACGAUGGAAAGAGUACAGAUUUUGCCCAUCUGGCCAAGCGUAUUAAAUGAAUCAGUUUUUCGAAAUACUUUGCAGCCAGUGCUGAGAAAAAAGCCAAGACAUCUACAUAUAGGAGACUACUUGUAUAGAGGUUUCCUCUAUAUAGCGCUGAAAGCGCAGACAUUUCUCCCAGGAGCUUUCCAAGCUCGUCGGACCAAAUCGCUUUUUGGUCCGACCAAGGCAUUGAUUUGGUGCAACCAACCGAUAAAUUCCGAUCAGAAUUUAUCGGCCUUACAGCGCCAAACAUAGGAAACUUCUAUAUAUUAACUCAAUGGAGUUUAUUGUAACUGCAGGGCAGCCUAUUGAUGGGCUGAUUAGUCAAAACACUCACUCACUCCCCCCCUUUAAAUUGGAACAAAAUAUAGGUAAAAUUUCCACUUUUUUGGUAAAUUAACCCCCCUUUAAAUUGGAACAAGAUUUAAUUUUAUAAUAAAAAAUUUUAUAUAUAUAAAUCAUAAUUUUUAUGUAAAAAGUUUUGAUAUAAUUUAAAUGUUUCUUCUUAACUAAAAUUAAAAAUUUAGUUGUAUCCUGCUCUUGUUUAAAGAAUAGAGUAUAAAGUGCAUCUUAUUUAAAUAAAUUUAUUAUCCUUAAUUGUAAAUUUUUAAAACAAUUUAAUUUUUUUUUGUUUUUAAAAAAUUUUAUUUUUUUUGAUAAAAAUGAUAUUUUUUAUUUAAAUAGCUUUGAUAUAAAUUCAAUACGAAUUCUUUACAAAAAUUCAAAAUUUACUUAUCUCUUGCUUUAUUAUAAAGAAUAGAGUAUAAAUAACAUCUUAUUUAAACAAAAUUAGCACUUUGAUUAAUAAAUUUUCUAAAAUAUUUUUUUUAAUUUUUUUUUAUCAAUAAAAAUAAUAAUUUUUGUGUAAAUAGUUUUGAUACCAAUUAAUAGUGGCGUAUUAAUUAAUAAUAUAAUUUUAGUUAUAUCUUGCUUUGUUUUAAAAGAAUAAUAAAGAGUAAAUAGCAUUUUAUUAAACAAAUUUAUUAAUCUAAUUCGAUAAAUUUUUGAAAUUUUUUUUAUUUUUUUAAAUUUUAUAAUGAUUUUUUUUUUUUAAAAAAAUUAACCCCCCCUUUAAAUUGGAACAAAAUUUUUUUAAUUCCAAUUUAAAGGGGGGGGGAGUCAGUUUUAUUUCGGAAAUGACUCAUUGCAGCCUUUGCAAAGGGUUUCUUUGAUUCCUUUUCUUGAGGAUCUCUCAUUCCAUUAUCAUACUCUUAAAAGAGAUGAACUAAUUGAAGAAAUUAUAUGCGAUUUUAUUAUGCCGUAUGUCCAAGGCAUGAGAAGAGUCGUUUACCAAGGACAAGUAAUCACCAUUGACGGCGUUGGGUUUCUAGUUGCUGAUGCAUGGCCCACACGAGGAGUGAUUUUUGAUAACACCCAAAUUAAAUAUGAUGGUAGCCUAGCAAGAAGAUAUAUUGGAGAGCCUCCACAAAUAAUGUUUAGUGGCGGAAGCUUAUAUGUCAGAAGAAAUCAUAUGUGGGAAGACCCCAUGGAAAUUCUUGCAAGGCAUAUCAUGAGCUUGAAUCAGUCAAUGGCUGCUAUUGGAGGGCCACAAACUAUGAGUGCGCCUGAAGAGGUAAUUCAAUCUUUGCCAGUGAAAUGCUUGUCAAGUAUUCCAGAGGAUGCUGAAGCAUCAAAAUGUAUGGUUUGCUUAUACCAUUAAACAAGAAGAGUUUUUUAUUAUAAAAAUUCUUUGAAUCAAUAGUAUUAUAAUAGUACAAAAAUAUGGCCCUGACCAUUUUAUAAGAAAUUAAUGAUGUGAGCCAUUCAUGAACAAUGGCAUAGAGCCUUAUGCUAUUGGAGAAAUAGUAAAAACUUUACCUUGCUGUAAUUUUUAUAUAGUUCAUAUGUUCCACACCACUUGCAUCGAUGAAUGGCUGCAUAGAAGUUGUUUAUGCCCUCUCUGCAAAACUUCUGUCGUAUUUAGUGAAUAA